UGCAAUUUUGGUAAACUAGUGUCUCUGCUCUCUGGUUUUUUUUUUUUUUUUGGGAAUGAUAUGAUCUUUUAACAGUGGAUAAUGUCCCCCCAAACCUGGCGAUUAGAUUUUUCAAAACCUCGGGGACUGGAUAACGAACAGUGGCGCUAAACUUGUCUAGCUCCAGCCUCUAUCUUCUCUCGUUAAUUCGUUUUUCACUGUGAUGAUGGCCUCUCGCGAUUGCUCUUCUUGGCUUAGUGUUCGCUCGCCAACUGCUGCCUCGGUUUCUCUCAAGCGCCAUUCCUUUCUCUUCUUCGUCUCCUGUAAGAAGGUCGCCGUUUUCCCAAGCUGCUCGAGUGGUUCCACUGAUUCAUCAUCAUCAUCACCAUCUACAUCUACUCGUUCUUACACUAGACGAUGGUAUAAUCCUCUGAGACAGAGAAAUUUCGAUCCAGAUCCUGAAAUUGAACGCCAUUGGGUUGAAGCCGAUCAUCAACCGCUCGUAUCUACCGAAAGAUUCACCGUGGCGUCGUAUAACAUACUGGCGGAUAGAAAUGCUUUUGAACACAGAGAUUUAUACGUAAAUGUUCCUUCUCAGUACUUGAAGUGGAGUCAUCGCAAGAGGGUUAUUUGUAAAGAACUCUUUGGAUUGGACCCAGAUAUUAUAUGUUUACAGGAGGUGGACAGGUAUGUGGAAAUCUCAAACGCUUUGGUUAAAGCAGGAUAUACGGGAUCUUACAAGAGACGCACUGGAGACACAAUUGAUGGUUGUGCAAUGUUUUGGAAAUCUGACAAGCUCCGGUUACUAGGAGGAGAGAGUAUUGAAUUUAAGGGCAUUGGUCUCCGCGAUAAUGUUGCUCAACUUUCAGUUUUUGAGAUGCGUAAAUCUGACUCCAGAAGACUACUAGUUGGUAACAUCCAUGUGCUUUAUAACCCAAGCAGGGGAGAAGUUAAACUAGGCCAAAUUCGUUCACUCUUGUCAAGAGCACAGACACUUUCAGAGAAAUGGGGUAAUGUCCCUGUUGUGCUUGUGGGUGAUUUUAAUAGUACUCCUCAGAGUGGCAUAUACAAGUUCCUGGCGUCAUCUGAGUUAAAUAUCAUGUUAUAUGACAGAAGGGAAUUAUCUGGACAGAAAAACUGUCACCCUGCUCAAGUUUUAGGCAAUAAAAAAAAGGGAGUCAAUCCAUUUAUCUUAAUUGAUAGAUUGCUCAAGAACUGGACAGACGAAGAGAUAAUAACUGCAACAGGAAAUUCUGAGCGUCACUUGGUUGUGCACCCAUUUAAACUUAACAGUUCUUAUGCCACAGUUAAGGGUUCAGCAAGUACUCGGGGAUUCAACGGUGAACCCUUAGCAACUUCCUACCACUCAAAGUUUGUUGGUACUGUUGAUUAUUUAUGGUACUCUGACGGUAUCUUGCCAACAAAAGUUCUGGAUACUGUUCCGAUUGAUAUUCUCCAAAGGACACGUGGCCUUCCCAACAAGAGAGUGGGAAGCGACCACUUGGCUUUGGUUUCAGAAUUUGCCUUCGCACUUACCAGCAAUGCAUCUACGGAUCCAGUUGCAGCAGCAGCUUCUCAUGCAGUAGAGCAUUAAAGAUCGCGACAAUCUGCUGUCAGAAAUCAACUCAGCAUUUGUGUUUCGAUAUGGUAUUUCAUUUUAAAUUUACUUGAAUUAGCCGGGACGAUUUAGUCAGUAGCAUAAUGAAUUUGGUUGUCCAGAGGAAUACAUUAUUAUUGAGUUUUUCAGUAAAAAUAUAGCAUCUGAGAUGAUAUUUCUUUAAAGACUCAAUCAUACAGAGUUGCGAAGGACGUCCAAACAUGUUUUCAUUUGAAGAAAUAGAACUUGACAGUAAGCAGUUACAAAUUAUACUGAAGUUUGUGUCUAUAGCAAUCAAGGUAUUGAUAGCCAUAGAUUUUUUGUCUC